UCUAGAACGAUAGACAGGAGAAAAGAGAACGUCGACGGGAAGAAGAGGACAGAAGGAACAAGGAAGAGCAAGCAAGGAUUGCUAGAGAGGAAGAGGAUAGAAGAAUUGAGGCUGAAGUAAAGAAAGAGGCUGAGCGUGAGGCCAGAAUGGCUAAAUUAGUUAGGGAACAGAUAGAAGAGAUGGAGGCAAAAAAGAAUGGUGCCUCCGGGGAGAUCAGUAAGGCGAACUGGGAAAAGGUUGAGAAGACCGAUAAAUCUCCUAAAGAUGGUGAGACUGGUCGGAAUGGUGAAGGAGGUGACAACAGGAAGCGUGAUCAGGUGACUAUGGCAGGUGAGGCACCAGCGCCCCAGCAGCAAGCAAUUUGGAGGCAGCGCGUGGAAGCGAAUCCGCUCGACACAGGAUUACUGCGCAUGGAUCUAGAUAAUGUGAAAAAGGCACAGGAAGCCCACUCCUUACUGUUCCAAGUGAUGUUGUCUUGCCUAAAGACCAUCAAAGCCCAGGGGGCUGCUCUUCUCACCCCUCCAGCUGUUGCUGCUAACCCCAUGCAAUCUCCUCCCCCUCCUCCCCCUCCUCCUCCUCCGGUCCAGCAGUCCGGAGCUCAGCCUUCCGUUACGCCACCUGUGGCACCCUCACUAGCUCCACAGCCACCCCCUCCUCCUCCCCCACACCCACCUGCUCACACCUCCAUUCCUUCGUCCCCUCCUCCUCCGACUCCGUCACCUGCACCUCCCACUAGGACUGUGCCUCAGGCCCUUGUCUCGUGCAGAGCUGACACUGCCACUGACCCUGGGCCCUCAAGUUUACGAAGAAAUUCUGUCACCACUCCUACCGGAAAUGGUUUAUCUGCACGGCUUGCUGGUAUGUUUGCCUCUGUGGCUGGGCAUGGGCCGAGACGGCGCUCCUCGGGGAUUUCAAUUAGUGAAGGGGGGAGAUGUUCCUCAGUGCCCGCUUGCAAUGAGGAUGAGUCGCAGGAUUUGGGGUUUGACAGGAUCAAUCGGGGCAAGAAGGCUACUGUGGCAGGUCCUGGCAAGGAAGGGCGAAAGAAGUACAUCGAGGACCUGAUUGAAGAACUUAUGGCGAAGACUAAGCACGAGCUUGAAGAACUGUGCAAGAAGGACCGCAUCAAGUACGUUAACAAGAAGAUUACCACGGCUGCGCUGGCUCGUCUGCGCACCAUCGAAGCUUAUGGCAAUGAGGAUGUUGAUGAGGUCGAGUCUAAGGAGGAAUCUCAAGAGGAGAAUCCCUCUUGAUGAUCCCCCGAUCCGCCCUCUGCCUGGAGCCAGCUGACUGCCCUACGAG